UUGCGUUGUACUGUACCUGUACACAUACUUGUACGAGAUCGAGAGGGAGGUUCCUCAUCUUCAUUAAUACAGUUUAGAUUGCCUGUUUAAAUCGUUUCUUGUCAAAUUUUGCACUCGAGACUGACAAAAGCUCAUGCUGAACGUGAACAUUUUCCUGAAUAUCUUAUUGAAGUAUUGAGCAGUGCACAAUCUUCAUCUCUGCUGCUCUGCCUGUACUCUGUAGCUCUCAUCAGCGGAACGGCAGCCAAGUGAAUGGGGCUACAGUAGGGGAGGAACGUUGUGCUGAUAUGGGCGAAGAGCGCGGCCUACGUACAUACAGCACUUCGGGAUGUCAGAGAGAGUGCGACUCCAUAUUGUCUGCUGACAAAGUUUAGAGCGUCAAAUCAGUGGAUCAAAAUUGAGAUUUACUAACAAAAGGAUCCUAGACCUAGGAUUAUUUCUUUGCUGUCUGUUGUAUAGAUAGUCACCAUGAUCAAUUGAUGUUAAUUCUAAUUGUUGUUGAAAAUUGUAGAAUCUAUGAAAGGAAUUAAAAAUUAAAUUUCUACAAUUUUUUUGAUUUAGACCUAAUUUUUUUUCUUACUCUGUGACUUUGUAGAAUUUUAACGAGUUUAACACAACAACACGUGUGUUAGUGAAUUGUGAAAUUGUUUAUUGAAACAUAGACAUGAUAGAGAUCUGAUCACUAUAUUGGCUUGCCAUUCCCUUCGGGAAACCCAGCAUCACUCAGCUGACGUUGACUUGGAAUUAGGAAGAAAAGUUCACGUUCAUGAAUGAUAAGCCUCUAUACAUGUAAGAAGAAUGAUGGUUGAUAUCUAUGGACUGCCACCGAACACUGACACUGCGAGAUCUGAUGAGUAAAAUGUGUGGUGGACUAACAGUACUACUCGAGAGCUAUAAUAUAAACUGAUGUGAACAAACUUCUAAGCAGACCACAUUAGAACUGACGAUGAGUGGAAGUAGAGUGGACCUAAAAGUUGUGCUCCUGGGGAAGGAGUAUGGUGGAAAGACUAGUCUUGUGGAACGUUAUCUCCAUGACAGAUUUCAUGGGGAUGUGCCGUACCAAAACGUGAGUACUAUAGGAGCUGCCUUUGGAGCCAAGAAGGUUGAUGUAUACGAUAGGACAGUCACAAUGGGUGUAUGGGAUACGGCUGGAUCCGAGAGGUAUGAGGCCAUGAGCAGGAUAUACUACAGAGGGGCGAAGGCUGCCAUCGUUUGUUAUGAUCUAACAGAUGAGCUGAGCUUUGGAAAAGCAAGAUUCUGGGUAGAAGAAUUAUUAAAAAAUGAAGAGCACUGCAAAAUCUAUUUAUGUGGGACCAAAGUUGAUCUUGUACAAGACGACAAGAGGUGUCGGAAAGUUGAUUAUCAUGUAACAACAGAUUAUGCUGAUGAAAUACGUGCCCAGGUCUUUGAAACGUCGAGUAAAACAGGACACAAUAUCAAGGAUCUUUUCUUUAAGAUAGCCAAAGAUUUUGUUGAUGAUCCAAAGAACAAUGAAAAUGGAGAAGAGACCCCAAAUACAUUGAAGCUAUCAGAAAACAGUCACAAGAAAUCCUGUCCCUGUUGACAUCACGAUAAUUCAAGGCCUUUCUACAAUCUUGAUUCAAUCAUCGAUCUUUAUUCAGACAUUUGCCAAGCGAGAAAGUGGAGCAUCCAGAUUUCUUUGCAUCUUGAUUCAGUUGGAGAGCAAUAUCAGAUGAAAAAUGACUGUGAUUAUUCAUGUAAAGCCUGAAAAGACAGAUUCUACUGAUAUUUUGACUUCUUGAUAAAAAUCAAAGGUGGCUUGAGCCAAGACCAAAUCAGCUCAACAGUAUUUGACAGGAGCAGGUACUGUAAUGGCUUAUGUGAGUGUAGUCUACAGCCGGGGAAAUCCAGACCUAUGACUUAUAUUCGUUUUGAAUAUUGAGGGAUUGUGUCAAAUAUACUGAGCUAAGUUAUCAGGUACAGCAUAUUGGCUAUUAACGAGAAGUCUGCAGUGUAGGUAGUUCAGAGUUCAGAACCUAUGUAUUAACCUAUAUGCACUCUGACUGUGUAGGGUUUGUUCCAUUGAACUUUUACCAAAUUUAAUGAGUGGCUCAGUUUCACCGAAAUAUCAUGCCACGAAAUGAGUGAAUCUCAACUGACUCGGCAUUGAUUUUUUUCUAAAGUUCAAGAAAGUUUCUUGCCGUGAAAUCACUCUCAUUUACAAACCGCUAAAGAUUCAUGUCAAGAAAUUUCAGAUUUUGCAGUAUUCUGUCCCGUAUUAACGUAACUUUGUAAGAAUUAUAGUUUAGAAGUAACCAUUAAUCAGUGAUUUUUAUUACCAGAAAAGAAGAUGAUUAUCUUCACUAAUCUUGCCUUGGUGAAAUGUGUUAUUAUUCUGGGUUGUAAAAAGGAAAAUAUGAUAUAAAGUAGCUUGGAGAGGAGACAAUACAACGAGUCAUUUUGGUCGCCUUUGGUCUACUGAUUUCAUGCAUUUACUUACUUAAAUAACAAUGAUAUUAUUCUUUCCCUCCAAACUUUUUUGUUUAUUUUAAUUUAUUUUUACUUGGGUUUUUAUUUUGACAUUGAGUCUAAAAUUAUGGCUUUUCUCCCAUUGAUGAGUGUCUCUAAUUUUGCAGUACCGGUAUGUUGUUUUGAAGUAUGAGCUAAAAAAUUUAAGAUAUUAGGACAUUAAUCAUUCAAAUGUAUUUCAUUAGACAACCUUUUUAAAGACUUAUAUUUCAUAUUACAUGAGCUCACCAUGGUGGACUUUAAUUGAUCCAACAUAUUUAUGUUUGUAUUUUAAUUGAGAUAACGUAAAGCUUGUAUUGAAAUCCCCUCUGCACUAGUUUGGCCAGGUGGGAUUAGACCUCCCUGCAUGGUCACUGUCUGGUGGUUCUCUCAUCAAAUCAGCUCUCAAUUAACAUAGGAAAAGGGGACCAUGGGGGAACCAAUGGUCACGAUUAGGCAUUCUCUGCUGUAUAGAGGGUGCAAGUAGCUAUAAGUAGUGCAGUGGGGAUUUAUGAUGGUGUUAUGAAGUAUAAAUUUUGUGGUACAUAAAAUAAAAAAUGGAACUGGAAUCAAUAUUCAUUGUAUACUGUUCAGAGUCUUCCUGUGCAUGUACAAAUAUUUCUGAAAAUAUCCCAACUGAUCUAAAGAUAUUUAAUGAAAAAGAAAGAAAUUUAAAUCAGUGUAAGAAUUACUUUUUAUUUUGCUGUAGUAGAAAAGAGACUUUAUCUCUGCCAUUUGUACUUUGAAA